AGCAAUCUAGAUUAUUUAUACGGUGAAGAGUCAUUUACUUGUCUUAUAAUUUAUACCAUCACCCACAACAUGUCUGUCAAAGAAAUAGUAACGCUUCAAAUUGGUCAUUUUUCCAAUUUUGUUGGAACACAUCUAUGGAAUAUACAGGAAUCCUCCUUCAUCUAUGAUCCUGCCAGUGCCUCAGAGAAAGAAGUGAAUCAUGAUGUCUUGUAUAGAGAGGGACAGAAUCAAAGGAGACAGAUCACAUUUACACCCAGACUGGUUGCUUCUGACUUAAAGGGUAGCUUGAAGACGUUGAAACAGCAGGGUGAAUUGUAUGAUACUGGAACAGAGGGAGAGGAGAUACUGUGGCCUGGCGAUGUCACCAUGCACACGGAGGAGGCUGCGGGGAAGAACGCGUUCCUGAUGGGGCUAGAUGGAGGUUGGAGUCAGACAGGCAGUUCUGACCGUCAUAUAAAAAAUGAAAGUGAUGAUGAUGAUGAUGAUGACAAGGAUGAUAUAGAAGCUCUGAAAGAGAAGAAGAAGUCUGAACACCACACACAAGUGAAACCUAGCCCAGUAUUGGGUAAACAUCUCAAUAGCUUUGAUGAUCAGGUCACAGUCUGGUCAGAUUUCCUUGGCUCCCACUUUCAUCCAAAGUCUGUACAUGUAGUUGAAGAAUACAAGCACCAGGAUGAACUUUCCGCAUUUGACUUGUUUCCUCUUGGGGAAAGUGUCUUGAAGAACUAUGAGACAAACUGUGACUGGGAAGAUCGCCUGCACUUUUUCACAGAGGAGUGUGACAACUUGCAAGGCUUUCAUGUACUUAUGGACACUCAUGAUGGAUUUGGUGGGCUUGGUACUGGACUACUGAAGUACAUAGAGGAUGAAUUUCCGGGGAAGGGUGUUCUAACAUUUGGUUUUACUCCCUCAGGACUUCCUGAUGACACACCCGCGGCACGAGCAACAAGAAUUAUUAAUUCAGCUCUUUCAUACGAGGCGGCGAGCUCUCACAGUUCCCUGUUUGUACCAGCCUCACUUGCGAAAGGUUUGUGGAGAGUCUUGGAAGGACCACAUAUGUUCCCAAGCUUGAACUAUAAGUCAAUUCCGUAUCACACUAGUGCUAUUUUAGCAUCAGCUAUAGACACGAUGUCUCUGCCAUACAGGUUGGAUACAGGGGCAAUAAAUCUGAGAGACAUUACGCAUUCAUUCAAUCUCCAAGGAAGAAAACUAGGAGCACUUAAUACAAGCUUACCCCUCAGUAUCUUUCAGGAUGAAAGUUUGAUCGAUUUUCUUGCACAGUACACGGAUGAUCUGAACUCCUGCCCCUGGCAAACAUUGACUCCACACUUAAAAGGAGUUAAUCCCCCAUUUGCGCAAUCUGUGGUUCUGCGGGGAAUAAAGCCCUCACAAGUACCCUCAACGUCUGAUCUACAAAAGCUUCCCCACUUCCUAGCAGGCCUCACAAACAGAGAAGAAGUCAUGAGAAAUUUUCUUGGUGAGAAGUUCGCUGGCAGCCCCUUUGCAGUGAACUGUUUGAAUUCCCCUAUGAAGACAUCUAUACCAUUCCCCCAUAUAUUCAGUGAUAAGCUAACAAAGACUGGAUAUGUUAGCCGAGCAAAACGUCCGGAUGACUGUGGUGUAGAGAGUGUUCCAAUGAUGACAUCACUCCAAAGUACACCUGAGCUUGGUACAUUAAUAGACAGUCUGUACCAGGCGGCCUCCAAGAUUAACAUGAAGAAACACCACAAGUACUUGGCGUGUGGUAUGGAAGAGGACGACUAUGCCGAGACACUGAGCUCCCUCAUGGCACUCAGACAGUGUUACAGUGCCCAUAAUGAGGCUAUCUGAUGUCACCAGAGAUCGGAACAUUUCUGGACACCCUCUUCGGUGCCACAUUCAAGAUUAACAUUAAGAAGCACUGCAGGGUCUUGGCAUGUAGGCGGGAGGAGGAUGACUUAACAGAGAAAUUGAUUUCCCUCAUCUCACGUUCACAUUGUGACAGUGCAUAUACUUUGGCUCUUUCAUGUCACUAGAAAACUAAGGCCAAACAUACAUUGUUUAUCCAAAUAUGGAAAAGACAACAGUCAUUUUAAAAGUAUAAGUUACCAUGCUGAUGUCUCUCAUGUGAGUAGAGAACUAUGGUAAUGAUUGUAAUUUUGCAAUGGUAUUUCAUGUAGCAACAGAAUAAUGAUAAUUGUGCAGUUUUUUUUUAUCAUUUUGAUAUUAAUUUAUACAACUUGUAAAUACAUCAAGCUUUAGUGUGUUUCCUGGGAAUAUAACAGUAUGAGUGUCCCAUGUUGACAGGCUGCAUGAAAAAGUGCCCCUGGUGUCGGGCUGACACAAGACUAGCUUACCCCUUGUUAAAUGUUAAAGAGUGUUGAUUUUCUGGUAAAAUAUGUUGUAUGGUGUUUUUCAAACACAAAUUUGUUAAAUGCUUUUUGUAGCAAUUUUAUUAAACUUAACAAAAUACAUAAUUAUUUUCAACAUUUUUUAAUAGAACAAUAAGCAAAACACACACUGAAUGCAUGUAAAAAUGGUAGCAAAAAGGCUCAACUUGAAAAAUAGAAAUGUGAAUAAAAUUAAAAUGCACCAGAUGGAAUGAGAUUAUGACUGGGAAAAAAACACAUUGUUUAAUAUAUUUUAAUUCAGAUCAAUGAAAAACUUAAAUAAAUGAACAAUUUAAUAAACAUAUGAUAUAUAAUAAUGGGCCGAUUGUUCAGAACUUUGUUAAAGUUAACAAUUUGAUUAACAUCAUGGUUGUUGACUGUGUAAGUCGAACUAUUUUAUGAUGUGUUCAGCUGCUCAUAUAUUUAAAUAAACAAGUACAGCUAAAACUGUUGUCUCGAAUCUUGUUAGGAAUACUGCUGAUAAUAAGUGUGAAAGCAAUUCAUAUUUGGAAGUUAAUAACGAUGACUUUAACAACGUUGUUAACUUUAAUGAAGUUCUGGAGAAUCGGCCCAUUUGUCAUUUUGUCUCUAAUAAAUGUACUUGCACAUGGUUAUGUAAAAAUGGCCUUCAAUAAAACCCUGAUAUUUAAGAA